CGAAUAACUAGAGUUGUGUCAGUGUUGACAAUUAUCAGAUAGUUCUGCUCAUCUUUUAAACAAUACAUUUGUCGUCAACGUAGCACGUUUCUGUCUUAUCGGAGUACCUUUCGCUAUCAGCUAGGCUAUGUUAGCUUGCUUGGUUUUGUUGAACUUAUUGGGUAUAUUUCGCUGCGUGGUCGACGUUAGCAGUGUUUGGCUACAGGGGCUACCCAUCUAUGGAGGACUAGUUGGUUAGCUAACAGGUGCAUAUUUGCCUAGCUCUACUGCUGAUCGCUGCAUUUUGGUUUGCAGUCAGGGUUCGUGAUAAUGUAUCUUUUCGCGGGGAUAAUAGUGACUUGCACAUUAUUAUCGCUCGCGCACUGUUCUCCCCAUUCUCGAGUUUUUAUUCACCCCACCUCACGAGGCCACCGAGUUGCCAUGGCGAUUGUGGAGAGCCAAACCGUUGCAAACGUUAGGCAGUUCACUAGUUAACUAGUUAAUACCGCUAAUCGUCCCACGGCAGUACCCAACCAAUAUUUUAUAGGGCGUGUCGUGAUUGAUCGGUUUACUUUUUGGUGUCGAUAGCAGCAGCAGCAGCUGCUGCUAAGUUACCCUAAGCCUCUGCGCGACCGCAGGGACAACAAUGCCUUGGCUGCUACUAACUUCUCUAGUAGCUAUCUAGCUAGUGGCGCUGCGCAGUCCUGAGCCCGGGAAGAGCCGCGGGCCCAUAACUUUCACUGGUUCCCCUUAGUCACUCAUAGUGUUGACCGACUAGGGAGAGAAAUCUCAUCGGCGCAGGGUAAAGAACGCUCUUAAUAGAUCGGCGACUGUAAGCGGUUGACAUGGCAACAGGGGGCACGUCUUUUGAUGAUUCAGAAGAGCAAGAACUGCACAACUGGGCCAAUGGCAGUCUGGAGGACAGGCUUAAUAACAUGGACUGGGGCGUGCAGCAGAAAAAAGCCAAUCGCUCCUCAGAGAAAAACAGGAAGAAGUUCUCUGCUGCAGUGGCGGAGAGCCGGCUGACCAAUGACAUCUCUCCGGAGUCGACACCGGGGGCGGGUCGCAGAAGGGCUCGCACCCCGCACUCCUUUCCCCAUGUCAAAUACACCACCCAAAUGUCUGUCCCAGAGCAGGCGGAACUGGAGCGACUACGCCAGCGCAUCAACUUCACCGACUUGGAUGAGAGGAGCGUGGGCAGUGACUCCCAGGGCCGCGUCACCGCUGCCAACAACCAGCGGCAACUGCCGGGAGAAAACAAGAAGCCCUACAACUUUCUCCCACUGCACGUCAACACCAACAAAAGCAGGGAUCUCCUCGCUGCCUCUGGCUCCGCCUCUACCCCCGCCACCCCGGCCAGUUCUAAGCAAGCCAAGAAGCAGAGCCCUGGGUUCAGGGACUCCUUCGGGCCCCUCUUCCCUAUCAUAGAGCCAAUACCCGGGCUGCUGGAUAGUGCUGCAGCCGAGCAAAGCCCCCUGGCUCACAGGCAGUAUGAGAGGGGAGAGUCCUGCGUCGACAGCAGCCAGGUGGUUGGCAAGCUGGUGCAGAUCCGGGAGUACAUUGGCAAAGCCAGCUCCAUGAGGGACGACCUACUGGAGAAGAAAGAUGUGCCGGCCAACGUGGAGCGCCUUUCCCAACUCAUCCAGCACCUCAAGGAGCAAGAGAAGUCCUAUCUGCGCUUCCUGCAGAAAAUGCUGGCUCGGGAGAACGAGCAGGACGAUGCGGGGACCCUUGACUCAGCCGUGGGGUCUGGUUCCCUAGCAGAGAGCACCUCCCUCAACAUGGAGAGCGGCAGCGGGCCGGUACCGGCACAGGGGGACCAGAAGGAAGAGCUGGAGAACCUGCGCAAGCAGCAUGAGCUCCUGAAGAAGAUGUUGGAGCAGCAGGAGCAGCUGCGCGCGCUACAGGGCAGACAGGCCGCCCUGCUGGCCAUGCAGCACACCGCAGAGCAGGCCAUCGCCGUCAUGGACGACACCGUCGUUACAGAAACCACUGGCAGCGUGUCAGGUGUGAGCAUCACCUCAGAGCUGAAUGACGAGUUGAACGACUUGAUCUCGAGGUUCCACAACCAGCUCCACGACUCUCAGGUGAAAGCCGUUCCGGACAACCGCCGGCAGGCAGAGAGCCUGUCCCUCUCCAGGGAGGUGUGCCGCUCCAGAGCACCGAAGCCCGCCACCGGGCCGCCUAAGCACAGGCCCCUGCUGCACUCUGCCUCUGGGCCUCACGCGGGCCUGGCGAGCGGCGCAGCUACCGCGCCCAAGCUCACCGUGUUCCAGGAGCUACAAGACAAGAAGCAGACCAUGGACAAGAUCCUGCAGGAGCUGCACUCGCUCCGGGACCAGACCCUCAACAACAACUCUUGCCCCCGUAUGUCUACCCAGCGCAGUCUGAGCAUGGGGAGCUCCACGGACUACGUCUCCGCCCUCUGUACCAACGCGGCCUCCACCUCAUUCCAGCCCCCGAUCCCUCAGCACCAUGAUGCCUCCACCUCCACAGACAAGCUCAGGAAGCUGAAGGAAGUCCACAAGCGUCUGAACGAGCUGCGGGAGCUGGUGCAGUACUAUGAGCAGACCUCAGACAUGAUGGUGGACACUGUGAACGAGAACGUGAAGGAGGACGAGGACGAGGAGGAGGAGGACGGGACGGAGGACGGUUCUCUGUUUGAUGCCAUGUCUGAUUCUGAACAAGAGAACCGCCGCCUCAUCGCCAACAUCAGUGGUAACUGGUCCGACCUGAACACUCUGACCGGCAAUGUCCGAGGGGUCCAAGGCAGCGGCGGCGCCAACAACCGUGACGGCAGGCUGAACACGGCGUGCGAGAUUAACAACCGCUCGGCUGCUAACCUGCGUAGCCUCAACAUCCCCUCCGCUAUAGAGUGUCAGUACAACCAGGCUAAAGACGACAGCGAAGAGGAUGAAGAUGAGGAGGAGGGCGGUCUGGGACAGGGGGCCGGGGCGCAGGCCGCGGGUGUGGAGAGCGAGGUGUCGGGGUCCAGCCGUAGGAGCAGCCUAGGGGGGGGGACUGAAUUUGCGCAGAAGGUUCACCGGCUGCAGUCGGCAAAGCAGAAACUGAGUCAGCUCCAGGAGCUGGUGGCCAUGGUGCAGAGCGACGACACCGACGGCACCACGGCCAACGAGGACGAAGCCCCGCAUCAGCAACCCAACAACACCAGAGACCACGUGGUGUUCCGGACCGGCGCCAGCAAGAAUACCGUGCUGUCUGAGAGGGAAAGGGAGAAGCUGUACGAUGAGAAGCUCCGGCAGCAGCAGCAGGAGUUGAAGCAGCUCCACGACGAGCGCCAGAGACUCAUGGACAUCCAGGGCAUGAUCCAGGACCUGGAGUGGGUGUGUCCCGACCUCCAGUCAUCCACGUCGAGCAUCCCCAGUGUGCAGGGACUGAUAAAGAAACUCCCAGCAGCUGCGUCCACUCCAGCCCCCACAAAACCUAAAACGUCCUCCGGCCAUCACACCAACUCGUCUAUGCUCAAUGCCAAAGCUCCAGAAGCUGCUAACACCGCCGUCGCCGACAAGGAGCUGUGGACAGAGAUGCGGCGCCGCCAGAUCCUGAAGGAGGAGCUACGGGAGCGCCGGAAGCAUCUGGAGUCCCUGAUGGCGGAGCAGCAGAGACGCAGCGGCCACGCCCACUCCCCCUGCAGGAGCGACCACCAACAGGCACUGCCCCUCAGCCGGGACGAGAGGACUAUGGCCACAUGGGGAGGCUCCACCCCCUGCCACCUUGAUGAAGACUACCGCUCGGAGAGCGCUGGGGCUGCCGGCGAUAACGAUGAAGGCGGAGCCGAGAGCAGCUCAAGCAGCGACGUCCACAUUUAUCCCGUAAACAGGAAUCAACGCUCCUUCAAGAACCAGGGAAGUAACCUGAAGCCCCCGGCCGCCUUCUCGGGCGUGGAGGUCAGCGGUCCCAUCACAGUGCGGGCCAAGGCCCGAGCCAACCACACGGCCCCCAGCCCCAGGCAGAUCAAGGUGGCCAACCAGUCGGGCAGCCAGGCCGCCGGGGCCACACGGCGCCAGGAGAACCUGCGCUGGGCCUCGGAGCUCUCUGUGAGCGAGGCUCCUCGCGCUCCUCCUCCACCUCCUCCUCCUGCCGCUCCUCACCUCAACCACAACCUCUGGCAGGAGCAGAUCAGCCAGCUGCAGAAACAGUUGGACCUCAGCAGCAACGUGUACCAGACGCUCCUGCACGACCAGCAGACCCAGUCCUACAUGCUCCAGGGCCUGCUGGCGGGGCAGUACAACGCCCUGCCCAACAACCUGGCGUCUCCACAGCUCCCCCUGGUCAUGCACCAGCUGAACCGGGGCUACACCCAGCUGGCCUGGCAGCACAACCACGUCCAAUGGCUGAAGCAGGUCCUGAACGAUCUGCUCCAGCAGCAGCAGCACACCUCCUCCUCCUCCUCCACCACCUCCUGCCCCGGGGCUCAGCAGGCCAGGGCCAAGUCCUCCUCCAUCCACGAGACCUCCUCCUUCUUCCCUGGCUCCCCCAGCCAGUUUCUGUUGUUCCCCUCUACCCUGCAUCCCCCAGGCGCUGGCUUCAACCUGCCAGGCUUCAACCUCAACCCUCUGUUCCCGCCCGUGAUGGUGGGCAGUCCCCAGGGUGCAGGAGCCUCUUCCAGCCCCCUGCAGCCUCAGCCACACCCCCUGCUGGACCCCAACACCACCGCCAAGACGGAGUACAUGAGCUUCCCCCCGCCCGUGCAGCGCUCCCCUGUGAACUCGUCGAAGGACAGCCGGUCCGCGGGCUGGGUGUUCGACAGAGCUCCUCCAGCCACCAACACCGUCCAGCACCCCUCACUCCACCUCGCUCCGCCGGCCCACCCCGAGGCCUCCCCCUCCCCUGGCAACGGGGACCAGCGGCGCCGCCACCGCCCGCCGCCCAGAGAGUUCGACCAGGAGUCCCAGGAGAGCUUCAGCAGCCUGCCGGACCCCGUGGAGCCCUCCACGGUCACCAAGCCCUUCAGGAUCGGACGCAAGGCCUCGGCCCAGGCCAGCCUGGCCUCGAGGGACAAGACGCCCAACUCCAAGGCCCGCUGCCGCAGGGGCAAGGGCCUCAACAAGACCAUCGGAGACCUUGAGAGUGACAGUGCAAGCAGCACUUCCGAGUUUGUCCAGAAGAGGGCACCACAGCCCCGUCAGAAGGAUCAGAACCAGAGUCUCCUGGACAAGUUGACUCAGGAGAAACUGGACAGCAAGAGCAAGCCUGGCAACAAGCCCAAUGACCUCUCCUCCGCCUAUGCUUGGAGAACACCCUUCCUCUCUAACAGAAUUGCAUGCACUGAAGCCCCAGGUAAACACCCGAGGGAUCCAUCAUUCCUCGUUGAUGCGAGCAGCGACUUCUCUCUGUUCGAGGCCCUGAGGGAGACCAUCUACUCGGAGGUGGCCACGCUCAUCUCCCAGAACGAGUCCCGCCCCCACUUCCUCAUCGAGCUGUUCCACGAGCUGCAGCUGCUGAACACAGACUACCUGCGCCAGAGGGCCCUCUACUCCCUUCAGGACAUUGUGACCAGACACCUGACAGAGGCCGGCAUGUCUGCAGACCAGCCUUCGUCCCUGGGCCCUGGCGCCUGGGCCACAGGCUCCCAGUCUGAGCUCACGCCCAGCGAGAGCAUGGGCACCAGCGAGGCUGAGUCGGAGAAGAACGUGAGAGUGAAGCAGGACUCUGCCAAGGCACGAGGCGAGGGGCGGUCUCUGGACGAGAGCACCAUGUCCACCUCCUCCAACCUGGAAGCUUUCGCUAACGAUGACCUCGGCAACACGGUGAUUCAUUUAGACAAAGCCCUGGCCCGGAUGAGGGAGUACGAGCGCAUGAAGCUAAGGGCAGAGUUUAACCACCGUUACGCCAACAGUGCGUCUGCAGAGAGCUCCGACGCCUCGCACGCAGAGCUGGCCUCGACUGCUUCUAGACCUACGCAAGGCGGAGCAUCCGGUGACGUACGAUGCCAACAGAUCGACACCCAGCAGCUGGAUCGACAGAUCAAGGCCAUCAUGAAGGAAGUCAUCCCCUUCCUCACGGAGCACAUGGAGGAGGUGUGCUCCCAGGAGCUGCUAUGGGAUCUGCAGCACAUGGUGAUCACCCUGUCCCAGCAGAACGAAGAGAACAAAGAGUUUGUCCGCUUCUUUCACAAGCAGCUGGGGGGCAUCCUGCAGGACUCGCUGAGUAAGUUUGUGGGGCGCGCUCUCAAGGACUGUGGAGAGGACCUCCUUGUGGAGAUCUCUGAGAUCCUCUUCAACGAGCUGGCCUUCUUCAGGCUCAUGCAGAGCCUGGACAACCACAGCGGGAUCCCCAUCACCAACCUGCACAAAUGGACCAGGGCCGGGCAGGCGUCUGAGACCAAGCACAGACCAGAGGAAGAGAAAAUGUCAGAAGGUGAAAAGGGCUUUUCUCUCCACUACCUGGACGAAGACAAAGACCAGGACGAGACAGAGCAGGACGGGGGCUCUGUGUGCCAGGUGACGUACCUGCACGCCGAGGAGAAGGAGUACAGCGGGAGCAGCGAAGCCUCAGAGGUGGAGGACCAGGACGACCCAGAGUCUCCCCUGCCUCUGUCCAUUAGUCUUUCCAAAGCCGAGACGCAGGCCCUGACCAACUACGGCAGUGGGGAGGACGAGAACGAGGAGGAGGAGAUGGAUGAGUUUGAGUCCGGACCCGUGGAGGUCCAGACCUCCUUACAGGCCGCCGCUGGUCUGGGGGAGCAGCCGGGAGCACCAGCAAAUGCUAGCCAGCAGGCAGAACCUGAACACGAUGGUUUUGACGAAAAUGAUGACCAAAGCGGCGGUUCUUGUGGUGAGACCUCUGAGACGGGACCCUCAGACGGAGAAGACCGUACCCUGCUGGGGAGCAGAGACCCUGAGAAGGGCUGUGGGGUGGAGACGGAGCUGGAGACAGAGCUGGAGGCUGAGGUGGAGACGGAGACGGAGCUGAGGGCUGAGGUGGCGGCAGAGGCAGGGGUGGAGGCAGACUCCCACACGCGCUCCUCCCACCAGCGGGAGGACUCCAAGGCCUCCAGCACCAGCAGCAGCGCUGACACAGACUCCCCCGUCAUGGUCAACGCGGAUGAGUUGGGUUCGGGGAACACCAGUCAGAAGUCGGACGAGGAGGACUUUGUGAAGGUGGAGGAGCUGCCGCUGCAGCUCAGCGUCAUGUGUGAGGAAGAGCUUCAGAAGAGGAUUGUGGACGAGCAGCAGAGCAAUCGUCUCUCCUCAGAGCUGGUGGCCGGCACCGAGGAGAUCACCGGGCUGGUUGGGAAUGCACAGGCUCUGAGAGAACCAGAAUCGAGCGGAGCACAAAGUGCAUGAAGAAGUUUGAUUUCAGUUUUUCCAAAGCACCUUGUUUUCUAUUUUUUUCUUUUGCAACACUAUACAUACACGUUAUGUUCUCGUAAUGUAUAAUUAGUUCUGUUUUUAAGUAUAGAUAAGCACUGGCGAGCACACAAUGGUAGCAGUGACCUUAAAAAGACACAUUAGUUCUGUAUUCUACUGUUCAGUUUUUAUUCAGACAUGAAUGUUGAUUUUCUUCAUGGCCGUGACCAAGUGAUUCUACACGCACAGUGAUUUGUUGCUCGUUUAGAUUUGUAGCACCCAAAUGCUGCUCUGUAGUUUAAAGAUGUAAGAAUCGGUUUGAAUCUUUAUAGUAUUGCCUUUUUGUUCGAUAUAUAUAGUAUUGCCUAUUUGUUAUUUGUUACGGGAUCACCCCUGAAAUGGUUUAUUUUGAUUGUAUUCUUCUUGUAUCCGUCCCCAUGGCCUUAUGAUUCUUCAGCUCCUGAGCCAUCUCUGCACUUUUCCAGAACUUCCGCUUCAAUAUAGAGUGGCGGUGCACCGCUACGACCGGCCUGGCUGCUAGUAUCUGUGCCUCCCCCUCCUGUAUUAUACGCUCGUGCCCCAAACAUUCUCCCUCAAGUCCUUAAUCUUUAUGAACAUCUAUUUUUGUUGUCUAUGGGUUAGUCAGAUUUUCAUGCAAGUAAAUCUAUACUGUAUAAGGUUUAAAUAAAAAAACAAUUUUUUGAAA